UGUUGUGCAGUGUUGUGGCCGCGCGUGGGGUAUUUUAAAACAUAAAUGAUCAAUACAUUAUCUCGCUAACAAACAAAAUCAAACAGCCACAAUGGACGAGUUAAUUGUGGGCACUUAUGAAGGAUUUUUGCUUGGAUAUGCAUUGAAAUCCGAAAAUGAAGAAAAGAAAUUUAAGCAAACUUUCGCCACCCAUUCGCAUACUGCUUCAGUUCGAUGUGUUUCGGUUGCUGGUCGGUUCCUGGCGUCAGGUGGCACUGAUGAUAAAAUUGUCGUGAUAGACCUGAAGACUCGAAAAGAACAUACAGUACUGAUGAACCACGAUGGAACUGUCAAUGCGGUUGCUUUCACACACGGCGCCACACACCUCGUAAGUGGAAGCGAUGACGGCAGUAUCAUAGUCACAAGAACAGGAAACUGGCAAAUUGAGAAAAUUUGGAAAAAAGCACAUGGAGGUCAACCAGUCACAGCAAUUGCAGUUCAUCCUUCAGACAAAUUAGCUUUAAGUAUUGGUGGUGACAAAACUCUCAGGACAUGGAAUUUGAUCAAAGGGCGUCCAGCAUUUGCUAUUAAUCUUUCUAGCAAAGGAAUUGUAAUGCCUACAGAAAUUAAAUUUUCACCUGGAGGCGACAGGUUUUCUUUAGUUCAUCAGCAAUGUGUUGAUCUUUGGACUUUAAGCAAAGCAGGAGUGGAGAAGCAUAUCAGUUGCAGUUCAAAACCAACAUCAGUGCAGUGGGUUACAGAUGACAGAUUAUUUGUUGGUUUAGAAAAUGGCAACAUAAUAUCCUUGACAGUAUCCGACACAAAGGCUGUAACUUUUCAAGCUCAUAAGCAGAGAGUAAAGAGCUUACAUUAUGAAAAUAACACUUUGUACUCGGCAUCAAGUUCUGGAGAACUGAAAGUGUGGUUUGAUAAUGAAUCAAACUUAUUAGAAAUUUGUUCAAAUAAUGCAGGAUGCAGGGUUACUUGUGUAACAUUAAAUGAGCAAAGCCAUUUAAUAAAAAAAGAAGACCAAUCAGAUGAUGAGGACGAAAUUAAAAAACAAGAUAACAUUGAUGAAAGUGUUAAAUCCAAUUCAGACUCUGAGGCUGAAAGUGUAACCAUUAAACAAAGCAAAAGAAAACCAGGAGCUUUUGUGAGAAUAUCAUACGAUGAUGAAACAGAAAACACCAAAUCAGAUGAACCACCAUCAAAGAUAUUUAAAAAGAGAAAACGUAAUAAGAAAAAUAAAACAAAAAAAAUAGGUAAUUAAAUAAUGAGAUAAAAUAACUUCCAAGUGUACAUAAAUGCGCUAGUUGUGAUGUAAAGAAGAUGAGAUGUUAAAGUGUAUCUUCUAAGUUCUAAAGGAUUAUUUUUUAUUUAUUUAAAUAACGUUUUGAGAAUAGAUACUUAUGAUGUUUACAGACUACAGGAAAUCAUUGUUUUCACAAGUUAACCCAGAAUGCCUAUGUAAUUCACAAUAGUCACAAAGUAGACAGGAAUAGAAAUCAAAUCAAAUUACACAAUAUCAAAAUAAAAUUGAUUGCCUAACAGUUAAAGAGCAAAGUUACUCUCCUGUCUUUAUUCUUUCACCAAUUCAUUACAGCACAUUUUUUUAAAUGUAAAUUGUUUUACUUUGUUACCUGUUGGAUAAAUAUUAUCUCCCAAAAGAAAACCAGGAAUUCUUUUAAUAAUGGUCACAAGUUAUUUUAAGAGAAGAGCAUCAGAACACAUUAAUCAUCAUUAGCAUGUUUUUUAAAACGUCAUCAUCAUCUGAUAGCCUGCACUUGCAUCAAGUUACACACAUAAAAAAAAGAAAACUCAAUUUUACACUGCAGAUUAUAUUUUCAUCACCAUCUCAUAAUAUUAUACAUGUUGUUCACACUGAAUAAUAACAGUAAAAAACAAUAUGAUGUAGACUUUGGUUUGUUUAUUAAAUUAUAAAUAAAAAAUCUUUCUCCUGAACACACACCCAAAUACAUAAAAUAAGUAAAAAGUCAUAAUAAAUUAAUUUGGUCCCAAAUUAAAUAUAAAAAUAAUUUAAGGGAAAUGUAAAUUAAAAAUCAACAAUAUUAAACAAAGUACUGUUAAAUUUUGGCAAUGGUUAAUGGGCUCUACUUAUAUUAAUAUUAAUCUUAAAUGAAAUAAAUACACUAAAUGUACAGGGUACAUCCAGUCAUGCAGCAGUCCAAGCACGCCCGUAGCCCCACUCAGUCCACGCUCGAGACUAUGUACAUGACGGCCGCUAAAGAACCAAACACACACGGACAACAACACUGAUAAAUCAUAUUUAUGUCACUUAAUGAAACUAUAAAGUUCUCUAAAUCAUAAAAACCCCACACUGAAACAACUAUCAAGAGUGUUGGAAUGUAUAAUAAAUCAUGAAGAUUGCAUUUCAUUACAAGGACUGAUAACGAUUUGUUGCUCUACAAAUACUGAAUGCAGAUGACAGGAUGGAUGCUAGUAUCCUUACAUGAAAUGAGAUCACGUGCUUGAUGAAAUGAUACUUGACUAUUUUUAAUGACAAACUUUAUAUGCUAAGGUUGGCAACAAGCGACAAGUUACCGUAUUUCUAAGUACCUUUUGUGCAAUCAUUUUGAAAAUAAAUGCCAAAGUAACCAUAAUCAAUUUGCAUUGCUUUCUGAUUACGAAAUAUAAAUAAAUUACAUAGUGUUAAUACAUAGAUUUGACAUAGUAAUACAUAGUUACAUGAAAGUUACUUUCUAAUAAAUCUUAAUAUUAUACGAAAAUUUCUAAGAAAAUGUCGAGUUACUUCAUGACUUUCAAACUGUUUACAAUUCAUCUUAUGACUAGAUUGAGCCAGUAAUUUUCUACAGUCCAUCAAUUCACACCGAAUGUUAAGAAAACCUGACACAAUUAAUACAAAAGGUAGGAACGUCGAAUAAAUUUAUCGUUUCAAACGCAACACCUGUCAAAAGAUUAAAUACGGCAUAUAGGGUAGAUUACUGCAGACAGUCUAAAUAAAUAUGUAUUUCUACUAAACCUGUUCCUUACACGCUUACACCUAAUUUUCGAUUAAUAAUAUUCGUUUCUUCGUUCGAAGCAGCACUAACGUCUCUAAACUCUAAGCUAUAGGUCAGAUGGCACUCUGUACGCUAUCGGCGCAGCCGCGGCCGCCGCCCACGCCGCGCUCGCGCUGCUGUCGCCGCCAGUCGUUGACGGAACCUCUUAGGACCCAACUACAUUUUCUAUAAACGGUCGUCGUGCUAUCU